AUGAAUGGUGGAAAAUGCGACCCAAAGACGGGACAUUGUGAUUGUGCGGCUGGAUUCAUGGGACGCCAUUGUGAAGAAGAAUGUCCACCGGGUUUUUAUGGAACUAAUUGUAACAACUACUGCCUUUGUAUGCACAAUGGCACUUGUGAUUCUAAAAAUGGUACUUGUAAAUGUGCUGCUGGAUGGUCAGGGCCAUCUUGUGAAUUCACGUGCCCUUUUGGACGAUAUGGCGUAAAUUGUCAGGAAAAAUGUGAUUGCGAGCAUGGUGCAAGAUGCAGUACUACAGAUGGUACAUGUUACUGCUUAGCAGGUUUUACAGGGGAAAGAUGCGAAGAAAGAUGUCCUUACGGCUUUUAUGGAGACAAAUGUCAAGAAUUAUGCUCGUGCGAGAAUGGUGCAAGUUGCGAUUCAGUCACAGGUUACUGCCACUGUGCUCCAGGUUGGAGAGGUCGAAAAUGCAAUAGACCGUGCCUCAAAGGUUAUUACGGAGAGCACUGUGCUUCGGCAUGUCAGUGUCCAAAUCAGCGAGCGUGUAAUCACAUCACAGGUCGAUGUCAUUGCCCCAAAGGAUAUGCUGGUCAUUAUUGCACUGAACUUUGUCCUCUUGGUAAAUUCGGCGAGAAUUGCGCGCAACAAUGUGAUUGUGCUCCUAACGCGGAUUGCGAUCCUCUUACGGGCAAGUGCUUCUGCAAGCCAGGCUACGCUGGUCUGGACUGUGCUCAAGGAUGUAUCCAAGGACGAUAUGGCAUGAAUUGUGAAAAUAUUUGUCAAUGCGAAAAUAGUGGAACUUGCAAUAGUGCUACAGGACAGUGUGCCUGUCCUCCAGGAUUUGUUGGCGCCAAGUGUGAAGUGCCCUGUCCGCCAAAUCGAUACGGUCAAAAGUGUGCAGAACUUUGCCAGUGUGAAAAUAAUGGCACUUGUGAUCGAGUAACUGGGCAGUGUCAUUGUGAAGCAGGGUUUGUCGGCAUAAGAUGUCGGCAAAGAUGCUCUGAAGGGCGCUUUGGUCCAGGCUGUCGGGAAAAGUGUCGCUGUGCUAAUCAGGCUCAUUGUGAUCCAGUUACUGGUGAUUGCAGAUGUUCAUUAGGAUACACAGGCGAAACAUGUGAUCUGCCAUGUCCUGAAGGCAAAUAUGGUCUGAACUGCACUUUGGACUGUGAAUGUGAAGGUAAUGCUAAGUGUGAUCCUGUGCAAGGGUGUUGCGACUGUCCUUCGGGACGUUUUGGUACUCGCUGUCAGUAUACAUGUCCCCCAGGUUUUUAUGGUUGGUAUUGUUCUCAAAGUUGUGAUUGUCAAAAUGGUGCCUUGUGCGAUCCAUAUGCUGGCCGCUGCCAAUGUCCACCCGGAUAUUUUGGCGAAAAGUGUGAACAGCUUUGCACCAAUAAUACUUUUGGUCUACAAUGUCAGUUAAAGUGCAAUUGCGGUGAAUUUCGAUGUGAUCCCAAAACUGGCCUUUGUGACUGUCCAUUGGGAUUUUCUGGCGCUAAUUGCAAGCAAGCAUGUCGACCGGGACGCUAUGGAAAGCAUUGUGAACAACGAUGUGAAUGCUACAAUGGAGCAGUGUGUGAUAGAGUUUCUGGUCAGUGUACCUGUGCUCCUGGAUACCUCGGGGCAACUUGUCAGCAAGAGCAGCUGGAUAUGGAAAGUGUAGCGAGGCGCGGAGAUCUACCAGAAUACGACUUUUAA